CAACAGUAAGAUCCCAACCACAUGAAGCUUGAAGUAUUGAUAAUGAAAUGGUAUACUUUGAGUAUGUACAAGAAAAAAUGACAGGACGAACCAACUACUUCCUUUGCUUCUUUGUCCCAUCAUGAUAAGGGCAGGAUCUUAGCAGAUCAACAUAAAAGCUAUCCAUUUCAACUUGAUUUGAGUACUCUUUGCGUAAGUGAAAUGCCCAAGUUUGAGAAGAUUAUCAGUAUCUCCUUUCUUGGGCCUUUCUCUAAACACGAGUCGAACUGUGAUUGGUGGUGAGCCCCUUUUCUUUUAGCAGACUCCUGCAUUGAAAAUGGAGGCAUGUCAAUCAGAAAAAAGUACAGACAAACACAAACCCACAUGAGAAGAUAAUAAUAAAGCCUUUGUUUUUGUCAAAUGAGCCAAUCAUGAUAAGAAGCUUUCCUUCUCUUCCCUUCCCAUUAUUAGUCUCUCAAGAAAAAGCUGUUAUGUUCUUACUAAGUUGCUUCCUCUUUGGUUUUCUUCUGGUUUUCAUUCCUGUUCAUGUCACAGCUGAUGAAGAUCGGGAUUUGGGGUUGAGUCUUCUUUAUGUAUCUACAGUAUUAGCAGAGAACAACCUUCAGAUACUUCAGCUCAUUGACACUCAGAAACAUGUUGAGAGACAGCCAAAUUGCUUGUCUCAUGUCGAGUUAAAUGGAGGAAAUCUCACAAGUUCGAGACUGUCUUCCAUGUAAACUGUUCUGAACAUUUUUAUCGUCUGUAGAAUCAAAUGGAUAGAGGCCAGGCUAUAGCACUCUAUGCCACGAUCAGUUGUGUCGCUUUCAUCGUGUCGAAGAUCUUCAUAGCAUUGCUUCUUUACAAGCGCUGGAAAAGAAGACACAUGAUUUAUGAAGAUGGGAUGUCAGGUGGGAAGAUGGUCAUGUUCAAGUCUCCAGCAACAAAGUCCCUGGAAUCAGAUGCGUUCCUGAAGAAAACACUAAAACUAAACAACAGGGACAUCAUUGGCUCUGGAGGCCAUGGGACUGUUUACAAACUUGCACUAAGUGACUCCUUGACAUUUGCUGUGAAAAGACUGAACAGAGGAAGUGCUGAAAGAGAUCAAGGAUUCGAGAGAGAAUUGGAAGCGAUGGGAGACAUAAAGCAUCGGAACAUCGUCACGCUUCACGGAUACUACACUGCUCCUCACUAUAAUCUCCUUAUAUAUGAGCUAAUGCCUAAUGGAAGUUUGUAUGAAUAUCUACAUGGAAGAUCAAAGGAGAAGGUUUUGGAUUGGCCAUCACGGUAUAAAAUAGCAGUAGGUGCAGCGAGAGGCCUAUCGUACCUUCAUCACGACUGCAUCCCGCACAUCAUACAUAGAGAUAUCAAGUCGAGCAACAUAUUGUUGGAUCAAAACAUGGACGCUCAAGUGUCCGACUUUGGAUUGGCAACUCUGAUGGAACCCAACAAGACUCAUGUAUCGACUAUUGUGGCAGGCACAUUUGGGUACUUGGCUCCAGAAUACUUCGAUACGGGGCGAGCAACGACAAAAGGAGAUGUCUACAGCUUUGGUGUAGUACUACUCGAACUCUUAACAGGGAAAAAACCGACUGAUGAAGCAUUUAUGGAAGAGGGAACUAAACUUGUGACGUGGGUGAAAACAGUUGUUCAGGAGAAAAGAGAAGAAUAUGUACUUGACAGAAGUUUGAGCUGUUUUCCAGUCGACGAGGUUAAUGUCGUAUUUAGCAUUGCACUGAAGUGUCUUGAACCAGAACCUGCUCGGCGACCAACAAUGGCAGAGGUAGUCAAAGUGCUUGAGCAGCUAAAGUCAAGUAGCAUUGUAACAGAUUACAAUCCAGCUGCAACAGAAGCCUUCAAAGUAGGAGAAACAGGAUUGUCCCCAAAAAAAACAUCGAAAAGAGCUGAAGUCACAUUGUUUGAUUCGAUUGUAGCUUCUAUUCCUGCCGGUGGGCCGUCAACUGAGGUGCUAACCUGCAAUUCACCAUUAAUGAAAGGAAGGGAAAAGAAAAGAAAAGAAAAGAAAAGAAAAUGUAAGACAGUUAAAUUUUAAACAUACAAGCAUCUUUGGAGGUUCCAACCAAGUCAAGAAUAUGAAGGUUCCUUUCUUAA